GAAACGCAACAAACCCAUACCAUAACAGCACAUGUAGGCAGUGUUAAACCUGCGAGUUAUCGUUGUUUUGUACGAUACUGUGAUAUUGGUGUAACAACAAAGUGAAAGGCGCCAUUCCAUGUCCUUAUUUCUAUCUCGCGCCGGAUUAUUUGCACGUUACGUGAAUACCAUUUCUGAAGGUUUUUUCACAAAAACAAUAUUUCUCCAGCGUGUAUUUACAUCGUCACCGCUUGCCGAAAUGAGUCUUGAGCAGUCGAAAAAGAUCGCGGCCUUCAAAGCUGUUGACGAAUAUGUGAAGGAUAACACAGUUGUCGGUGUUGGUAGUGGAUCAACGGUGAUAUAUGCGGUUCAGCGUUUGGCCGAACUGGUCAAAACGAAGAGAUUAAAUUUGGUCUGCAUUCCUACCAGCUUUCAAGCGCGGCAAUUAAUCAUCUCGAAUGAAUUGGUGUUGGGUGAUUUGGAACAAAAUCCGAAAAUCGACUGUGCAAUUGACGGCGCAGAUGAAGUCGAUGCGAAUUUGGUUUUGAUCAAGGGAGGAGGUGGUUGUCUACUACAGGAAAAAAUAGUCGCAUCCUGUGCCAAUCAACUAAUCAUUAUAGCUGAUUACACUAAGAACUCGGCAAAAUUGGGUGAACAAUACAAAAAAGGAAUUCCAAUCGAAGUAGUUCCGAUGGCUUAUGUUCCUAUCGCGGAUAACAUUUCAAGCAAGUACGGAGGCAAAUUAGAGCUUCGCAUGGCUGUCGCAAAAGCUGGUCCGGUUGUUACAGACAAUGGAAAUUUUAUUCUUGAUUGGCAUUUUCCUGUUGAAAAAGAUUUCGAUUGGAAUAUCGUAAACCGGGAUAUCAUAAUGAUUCCUGGUGUAGUUGAGACUGGACUUUUUGUUAAGAUGGCUACAAAAGCGUACUUUGGUCUAGCAGAUGGAUCUGUCAUCGAAAGAAGUGGCUGAACAUAUAUAGUCAUUAUUUAUCAUUA